ACGGGGUACCCGACCAAAACCUCGGAUUGGCAACGUUCGUACUUCUAUGUGAAGUUGAACAGGUCAGCGUUCGAGGAACCUCCGUAGUCUGGUUAUCGCGUUCUUUGGAAUGCGGAGAUGGGUACUGCACACUGCCUUUCGUGAUGAUUGUAGCGUGUGCUCGUCUAACGUGUGUCUUUCUUCUCUUUUUUUUUUUUAGUUGGUCACCCGAAUCUCGCCACGUACCCCGAGGAUUGGAGGGAGAGUGCUCGAAUUGUUGCGUUGCAGAAGCAAGAUCACUGGGAGGAUUUUACUCGGGAGAGAAUUCAGAGAUCUGCAGACCGGAUUGCCAACCAAAGCUGGAUCUCGGACCCGCAUCCUCAUAUUAACCAAUCGACAUCGAAGAGAUUAUCCCUCUUUACGAGAGCCGAGCAGAAGGAGAUCAACCGAGCUAAAACGAUGAAGCAACUACCAGACCUUAGUCUUAUUGUAGCCGGGAAGAUCGGUGCCAAGCGAGGCGCUUCUGAGAGCAGGGUUGGUCCUUCGGGACUGGAGGUCGUAGAGGCGACUCCAAUUGCCACUGAGCAGGCGCGUACUGGCGGCUCCUCGCAGGGUAAAAGCUCGAAGAAGAGCAAGAAAAGUGCCGGGGGUCCGAAGGAUUCCUCCGAGCCGGAACAUCCUGGUGCGGAUGGUUCUUCUAAGAAGGGGGGGAAGAAAAGGAAAGCCGAGGACCCGCCUACUGAAGAUAUUCCCAAGAAGAAGAGGAUGAAGAAGAAAGAACUGGCUCCGCCCCGCUCAUCCUCGGUCUGCGAAGAGGAACUUCAGGCUCUAGUUCCUGAAACUAUCCCUGAGGUUGGGACCUCGGAGGAUGAUGAGAACGAGACCAUCGCCCUCUGCCGACGGAGACGGGAGAGUCGAGUCACCGAGGAGGUAUCCCGUGGAGCCUUGGCCGGUGAUCUGCGUUCUACUGAGGUUCCGAGGGGAAUAUCGACUUCGGGAGGACAACGGGACCGCUUGAGGAAUGAGUCCCCUGCUCAUGUCACGGAGGGAUCUGAGACCCGAGUAUCCGGUCGCCCUAAGGAAACCCCGGCAGAUGGGUUCAGAUUCGAGUUUAACCGUGAGCUUCCGCUGGCUUGCUACCGGGAAGAUUGUGCUCGCCUGUUACGGUUGGUCAAAGGCGGUCCUGAUCAACUCCCUUCGGUGGGAGAUCUCAUCUUCAAAGAUGAGUAUGGGCACGCCUCUUGCUCGUCUGUAAAGGUAAGCGGUUGUUCGUUCCCUUCUCCCUUUUUUUUUAUUCUAGCUAAGUCUUCUUUGUCGUGUUUUGAUCAGAGCCAUGGUGAUUGGAACGUUUUGGUCGAGAAGUACGACUCAUCUCUUAGACGGGCCAGAGAACAGAUUCGUGAGAGCGAGGAGGCUAAGAAGAGAAUGGAGGAGGCUCUUCGGGUUUCUACGCGAGAAAAGGCAGACGCCAUUGCUCGUGAAAAAGCCCUUAGGAAGGCGUUUGACGAGACGCGGACAUCCGACGCAGCUGAGUUGCAGAUGUGCAAGGAGUCAAUGAACAAUCUUGAGUUCGUGGUGGAUAAGCAGCGGAAGGAAAAGGCUGAUCUAGAGGCAAAAAUGGCUGCGGAAUUGCUAAGGCAUUCCGAGGAGAUGGACAGGCUUCGGAAAUCUCGUAAAUACGAGGUCACGCACGAGAGGAUUCGCGUGCUGAUUGCCAUGAUCGCUAAAGCCGAGAAACGCUUUCACAGGAUUUCCCUCCGUGAGGACAAAAGGGACAAAUACGACGAUGCUCGGUGUCUCUAUAGUCAAGCCUUCGGGACGAGGAAAUGUCUCGAGCAGAUCAAGACCUCUGGUGCAGAGAUCCCGCAGGAAACCAUCGACUUCUUCAUCGGGCAAGAGAAGCACUACGAGGAAGAAGCAGAGCGUUUGGAAGUAAAGGAGAUUCCGGCGGAAGAUCUUUGCCUUUCUCCGCUAGUGUUGGAGUCUCGAUUUUUGAUCGAAGAAAUUUGGCGUCAGCUUGACCCGUUUGGGUCGAAUAUUAAUUUGAUCGAUUCGGAGGCCGCUAUUGCUCUGCGUACUCCUCUUCGUCCUGAAGAUCCGGUGGAGAAGCCCGCUCAAACUGCCGUAUCCUCCAACCAGCCCACCGAUCAAGACAUUGAUCCUGCGAAGCAGGCAUCAGCGGGAGCGGUUGUUCUGAAGGACGGGGCCGUGCCGACUAUCGUGCUAACGGAUUCCCCUGCUAAGGCAUCGAAGAAUGCCAGCUCAUCUGCUUCGUCGUCAGAGGACCCGGAGAAAGGUGAUGAUGCUCUUGCGGGGAUGCCUACUGCAGACGCGACUGCGCCAGCCCCAACCAAAUUUGGUCGUGUCUCGGGUCCCGGAGAAGGAGAUGGCCGCGGCAACGAGGAUCCUCCCGUGGUUGAUUAAUGACUGUUGUCAUCUGUUGUAAAAUUUCUUUUUUCUCGUUUCGGCUCCUUGAAGCCUUUGAACUUGUCUCUGUUGUUGUUUAAGUACUCGGAAGGUUUCCUUUGCUUUUUUAAAACUUUGAAUGAUUACCAAGUGUUUUUCUUUUAAGUAUGUUACGGAUAACCGCUAACAUCUUAGUCGAUUAUGAAAUUAUUCGUUGCUCGUUAACUCAAUCCCACUAUUCUUUCUUGUGAUAAGUCGGGAAAGAAUUAAGACAAGAAUUUUCUUUUUGAUAAGUUUCCGAGGGAAAGGUAUCUGAAUGCUACGCAGUAAUCGAGAAAAUUUGGUCGGCCAACUCAUUAUUUUUCGAUUUGCGAUAAGAUCCGAAAUUCCACUUCGUGAAUUUGGUCAAUGAUUUACAUCAUCGGUGACUCUGUUUUUCCCUUCGUUCGAUAUC